CUCGCGAGAUCAGAUCACGCGCGGUCACAUGAUCACGCUCUGAAGCAAACCCGGAAGUCAUGAGUUGUUUGUAGUGAAAGAGGAACAGAUGCGGACAGACGUCGUUUUCCAUCAUGUCUCCGUACAGACACAGCUCGUUUUGGGGUUUUAUAGUGUUUAAUAUUUACGUCCUUGUGUCCGGCGAUGGAGGAAACCUCACAGCUUCGGAAAUCCCGCCUCUGAGCUCCGUCGUGCUGAGCUCGGCUGUGUUUAAACCCGGUCUGGGCUCAGUCCUCUCUCUUAAUCUGCUGUCCUCCUUCCCUGAAGACCUGGAGAUCAGCGACUACUGCAGCGAGCUGCUGCACAUCUUCGGACAGAGGUACGUGGCCUACGUGAACUGCCUGGUCCCCGCUGCACGACCCGUGAAAGUCUGCCAGAACUGCUUCUCCAGCUACGGCAGCCUCACGGAGAUCUUCAGCAACAUCUCAUCAGACCAGGUGGGUCCAGGUAAUGUGAGCUGCAGGGACAGCCUCCUGCGCAGUGAUCGGCUCAUGCUGGUUUAUGAGCUGUACGAAAACCUGAAGGUCCUCUGGGAGAAAUCAGACUGUCACAACUGCAUCACUAAAGGAUUUCAGAAUCUGACCAGUGACACGUUGCACUUCAUGACCAUCCUCAACCAAACUCUCACCUGCUUUGAGCAGUAUCAACAGAAGAACAAAACUGAGCUGUGCACAAACUGCAAGACAGAUUACAAAAACCUGAACGUGCUUUACGGCGGCAUGGAGAAGAAUAAGACGAUGUGCAUCGACAUAGAGGAUGCGAUGAAUAUGACCCGCAGACUGUGGAGUAAGAAUUUCAAUUGUUCCUUCCCCCGUGAGGAGACGGUGCCUGUCAUCGCUGUGUCCAGCUUCAUGCUCUUUCUGCCCAUCAUCUUCUACUUGAGCAGCUUCCUUCACUCCGAACAAAAGAAACGCAAGCUCAUACACCCCAAUCGGGCGAAAUCAUACAGCAGUCUGAUGAAUAUCCAAGACAAUAGGAGCUGAAGAGGGGACAUGUGAUGACUACCGUGGAAGAUUUGACUCCUCACCAUCUUGUGCCUCAGGUUUGACUGAGGACUCCACAGCAGCAUUCCUUGUUUUUCUUUGUUUGUUUCCAGGAGGCUGUGACCUGUAUCAGUAUUCAGAGGACUUGGGGGAUGUAAAUAAAACAAACUGAAAGUGAAAUACUCCUCAUGAUGUAGUGAAUUUACAUUGGAACACAUAAAACAUGCAGAUUUUUUUAGCAAAGCAAACAUUAAAAAGGUAAAUAAUUUGUACACGGACUGUGUUUGAAUGUGCCUCCUACUGCCACGGUGUAAGAGCUGCUUUGUUUUGGUUGAUUUGGUGACACACAUUAUGUGAGAUCUGUGCUGGAAUCAAAGUCUGUCUAACUUUAUAAACUACUAAUCAGAUUGUUGCUCAUGUGGCUGCGCUGUGCGCUCAUAAUCAUCAGAUACAUCCUGGCCUCCUUGCUUUCAACUCGUUAACGAUCUGUUCACUGUGUGCGUGCGUGUGCGUGUGUGUGUGUGUGUUUGCGUGUGUGUGUGUGCGUGCGUGUGCGUGCGUGCGUGCGUGUGUGUGCGUGCGAGCUAUUGUGUGUAUGUGCUCUAUUUAUGGGUUGAGAAAUGGGUUUUCUGUCUCUAAUGUAUGGUCCCAAAAAGAGCUGCAAAAAGAAAGCACUUGAUGUCCAUUAGUGGUGACAUGUAUCUGCUGUAAGAAGAGGGGUUGCACAUCAGUGGGGUGGAGUUGGAGGAGGGGGUGGAGUGAAUAAAGACAUAACACAGGUAAUGUAGGAGCACUCCAAAGUAGCACACUGUGAUGUUACCUGUUUUCCAGUCAGUGUUUUUUUUUUUUUUUUUUUUUGUGGUUGCAUAAAGCUUUUAAUGCGCUUUGUUGUCGUUUUCCACUGAUGUUUAACUUAAUUUGUUAAGAGGUUUCUGACUGCACGUUACUACUGUUGAGUCUGCUUUAUGAGUUGUUGAAAUGAUUAAUUUGCCUAUAGGAAAUGCAUUUUGCAGUGAAGUAAUGAAAACAUUAAAUAUGAAUGCAUAAAACCCCAAUAAAUAUUUGUACAUCAGAAACAA